UACGCGUCGAGUGAGCCCUGGGCUUCACAGUGUCAUCGGCGGAAAUGCGGACUUAUUCAUAAACCAUAUUGUUCCCUUCGACUUGCACAGCUUUAGGUUGUUUGGCAAAGUUGAAAUUUUCCAUCCAAGCCUGGACGGGGUCAAGUACGAACUUAUGUUCGAAUAUGCUUAAUAUUUCACAAAAAUGCAUAAUCAGAAUCCAUUUUUUAGCAUGGUCGCAAUAUUCCAGCAACCGCGGAUGGACCAAAUUCGGAACGUUUACUUACUUCCGUUCACUCACCAACUUUGGAUUAGUUGUUUGACGACAUUGUUGACAAUUCAUGCAUUACGAGCCCUACUAGUUGAGAAAAGGGUUGUCGGGGCGGACACUAUUUUGUCAGUAAUUUCAAACAUAUCCCUGCAAGGAUUCUGGAGCGGAUUAAGGUACGAUUAUCCUUUUGCAGGUAAACUGAUUUUCUGGAUGGGAUCCUUGGCAUCUGUCUGCUUUUAUUGGGUGUACUCUGCAAGCUUGUACUCCAUCAUUACGUCUGCUAGAAUUCCAGUCAAAGGUUUCACCGACUUGAUUAAAUAUCAGUAUACGAUGGUCGUUCAUGAAAAUAGUGCCUCCGGAAAAAGCGAGCUUCAGAAUCUAAUCACGAUUUUCGGAUUGUCUCAAAAGCAAAUUACUACAAAUACGGCUUCAGAAGUAACCAUGUUGCUUGAUGCACCCUUCACCUUGAUCUCGUAUUGGGAUUUAUUUCAUAGGGUGGCAAUGUUGCAAAACUACACCGAUAAAUUCCUAUGCUCCAAACUAACUUGGCUUGAUUUUCCUCAAAUGCAAAGAAGCCACUGUUGGACUGCGAGGAAGGGAUUUCUUUACAAAGAAGUCUUCAACAUCAAACUACUCCUAAUUCGGGAACGUGGCUUAAACUUUAAAUAUAUGCGAGACUCCCUCCGGGAUAAGAUACUCUUCUGCAAGACCAAUGAAAAUGUCCCCAUUUCAAUGUCCUCGAAUGAAACAUUUUCCGCGUUCAUCAUAUCUUUGGUCGGAAUAGUUUUCUCACUUUUCGUCCUUUUGGGAGAACUACUCGGAAAUUCAUGUAAUCCCAGACUCGUUGCAAAUAUUUUGUAUGCAAAAUUUUCAUUACUGCUCACUUUCAUUUUACGAAAACUUGUAUCACUUCUGUACUAAAUAAAAACAUUGUAA